AUGCUGGUAACAGAAGAAUAUGUUCUAUCAAUUGCAUUCUUUCUGCACUUAAUUGUUGGAGUAAAUCAAGAAAUUUCAACCAUUUCGCUUUCGGACAAUGUGCACAAGCGGGAAUCUUUGCUUACCGAAGCGUGGAUGGCACAAAGAAAACAUCAACAAACUGUGCAUGACCGAUGUGGAGGACAGCCUUCUGUUUUACCAUAUAUUUGCAACUGUGAUCCUCUCUGCAGCUAUUAUAAUGACUGUUGUUCUGAUUUUGAAAAACUUUGUCACUUGGAUUCAAAUACUACAGAAACUGUUUUUCCUGAAAGACAUGCAACGCCAUCAUGCACUCGUGAUAUACAAGGCAUUCGAAUGGAUGACAUUCCUGCCGCGUUCUCGAUUUUGCUCAACUUCGGUCUUGAUGGUCGAGAAAGGAUGUAUAUCUCAUCAGAAGGGGAGAAAGACAUGAAGUAUUACCAGGAACUAUGUGGUUCAAGUUACAUUUGGGAUCCAUUCAGCAAAGUUUGCCGCAAGUUGUACUGCUCGACAGAGUUUGUUUUGGUUGAUUAUAAGUGUGUCAAGAAAGAGGACUUUGAAGGUCAAGUGAGUUCGUAUAACAAGACGGCAAAGAUUCCUGAUUCUGAUGCGAAGUUCGUGCAUUUGUCACUUAGUGCCGAAAUGGAACUUUUAGAUAUAUUGCACUUUCAUGGGCUGGAACCGAGUGAAAUUUGUGAAACUAUUCACGAUUCGCUGUGUCAAUCUUUUAACAUUAAAAAAGAACGCAUUCGAAACGUUUCUUUUAAUGUUAGCGUUGCCAAUUUCACUGAUAUUGAACAAAUGAUGAUUUUUGUGAACAACAUGGAGGAUUCUGAACUAAUAACAUUUACAAUUGAUUUCGAUUUAUAUGAAGAUAUAUCUGUUAACGAUACAGCGCUUGAGCCUUCAGUAGAUAGCAUAGUUUCAAUGCUAGCUUCAGCACUCUCGAUUAACGGUUUUGAAUUUGAAGUUAACAAUGUAACCGGAAGAAUAUUUGAAUUACACCAAACCGUCUCUACUUUAACAUCUUGGUGCAACCCUGACAAUGGAGGAGAACGGAAAGAAUAUUGGAAUUCUGACUUCACGUUAGUUUUGGGAAAUGACAGUUCUCCAUUAGUUGGCAACAAAAUAAAAGGCAUCUAUGUCAACAAAACUCAGAAGUUUUACUCAAGUGGACAAUUUGUGGCCGACAUUCUUUUCCAAGGCUACCAGUUCAGUGGAAAUUUGAUAAACGUAAGUGGUUUAGCUGUGAUUUGUGACUGGAAAGCAAAAUUGGAUGAAUCUUGUCCACGAAUUUUGUUAGAACGACACGAAUACGAAGUUCUUAGGAAUGGCACAGUCGUGAUCCACAACUCUUCCCUCAGCAAUCGAAUUAUAAACAAUGUCUACGAAGUGACGGACAACGAUAGCAUUUUGAUGUGUCUCCAUACUGUUAUACCGAAUACCACAAACGAGUUCUACAGAUUGGAUAUGAACAUCGCUCAAGCUUUAGUCAGUUAUAUCCUUUCGUGGAUUUCCAUCAUCGCCUUGAGUAUAGUAUUUAUUACGUACACAAUAUUCCCCAAACUCCGGAAUCUUCCCGGAUGUAAUACAAUGAAUCUCACAUUUUGUCUGAUAUGUAUGCAAAUUACAUUUAUUUUCGGGCAACGAAGCACAGUGGUCGGCUUAGCUUGUAAAAUGGUAGCUCUAAUUCUUCAUUAUGAGAUUUUAUGUUCUCUAAUGUGGAUGAAUGUUAUAGCGUACGAUUUGUACCAAACUUUUGGCAACAAAUACAUAAAAAGCAGCAUACGCAGCAAAGCCGAAUAUUUACUGAAGUAUAUGGCGUACUCAUACGUCAUUCCUCUUCUGAUAAUAGCUGUAGCUACUUUACUCGAUCAAUUUGUUGAGAGUGAUUUUUCUCCGCAUUAUGGAAGGAGUGAUAGAUGCUGGAUCACAAGCAAAUGUGCUGCCAUCGUAUUUUUCGCUCUGCCACUUGGAUUGAUUAUGUUUGUCAACUAUUGCUUCUUUGUUUUAACAAUUAUUUCGAUCAGGAGUGUAAGACACAAUUUGUACCUUUCGAACCAAAGCAACGCCAGAAAAGGUAAGAGUGAAGUUUUCUUAUAUUCCCGAAUGGCUUUGGUUAUCGGGCUUACUUGGGCAACAGCCUUCGCCGCAGCAUAUGUCAGAGAGGAAAAGCUAACUGGCCAAAUUCUUACUUAUUGCUUCAUUAUUUUUAAUACUCUACAAGGAGUAUUCAUUUUCUGUGUGUUUGUUUGUAAUCGUACAGUUUUUGAACUCUACAGAAAAACAUUCCGGCAGUUAGCGAAAAGAAUAAACUGUGGAACAAAUUCAACAUCUGCUCUAUCCAAAUUAGCUAAUGUGAUGAAGCGCACAGUGUCCUCGGACACGGUGGUGUCCACCAUUUCGAAUAGUAGCGGAGCUUCAAAUGAAACUCAAUUGAGCACUUUGAGGGAAAAUGAUGUAAUUAUAGACAGCCACAAUGUAUAG